GGGAAAGAGAAAAGAAAGAAAUGUUUAUACAAACAGGCUUUUCCUUAGACGACUGAAAGGAGGAAUGCCAGUAGAGGACCUUGGCUGUGCGUAUAAUCGUUGUAAAUAACGUAAUUAAGAGAAGUCGGUAUAGGAAGAGUUUUUAGGUAGCAAUUGUUUGUCGCAUAGCGUGUAGUGUAAAACUUUUGUGGCGGUAUGGAUGAUGAAGAAGAAACUUACAGGUUAUGGAAAAUCCGAAAAACCAUUAUGCAGCUGUGCCAUGAUCGUGGUUAUUUGGUGACUCAGGAUGAAUUGGAUCAAACUUUGGACGAGUUCAAAAGUCAGUUUGGUGACAGACCAAGUGAAGGGAGACCGCGACGAUCUGACCUCACAGUUUUGGUGGCUCAUAAUGAUGACCCAACAGAUCAGAUGUUUGUCUUUUUUCCAGGUAAUAUUUAUCCACAGUCUCUUGUAGACAUGGCACCGAAGUACAUCUUGGAACAGUUUCUGCAGCAGGAGCUUCUCAUUAACAUCACUGAACAUGAGCUGGUGCCUGAACAUGUUGUUAUGACCAAGGAAGAAGUGGCUGAACUGCUGGCACGAUACAAAUUAAAAGAAAAUCAGCUUCCUAGAAUUCAGGGCGGAGAUCCAGUGGCACGGUACUUUGGGUUAAAAAGAGGGCAGGUAGUGAAGAUUAUAAGACCUAGUGAGACUGCAGGUCGAUACAUCACAUACAGAUUAGUGCAAUAAAAUAAUUCAAGAUCUCUUAAGUUGGCAUCGACCUGAUCAGCGUGUGAAUAAAACAAGCAGUUCUGCAAUUUCCAUGCAUCACACUCAUGGAUACCAUUGUAUUUAAAUAUUUAACUGGAUAUUCUACAUACGUAGAUCAUUUUUCUUGCUUUAGAUGUUUUUAUUUUUAGCUAAUAAAAUGCUAAGUGUAA